AUGGCGGACAGAAUAUUUUGGUAUCCCUUUCGGAGGUUUCAUGAAUGGUCAGGAUCAACGGCUCUUAUUGAUUGGAUGGAAUCUCCAAAUGCUCAUAUCUUCAAAAUCAACGUUCCAGGAUACAGCAAAGAGGACAUAAAAGUGCAAAUUGAAGAAGGAAACGUUUUGAGCAUAAGAGGAGAAAGACUGAAGGAAGAGAAAGAAGGGAAAGAGAACUUGGUCUGGCACGUGGCGGAGAGAGAAGCUUUUUCCGGUACAGGCGAGUUUCUCCGGCGGAUUGAGUUGCCGGAGAACGUGAAAGUCGACCAAGUAAAAGCACACGUGGAGAACGGUCUCCUCACUGUGGUCGUCCCCAAGGACACGUCACCAAAAUCCUCCAAAACCCGGACUAUCAACAUCACUAGCAAGCUCUGA